AUGAAAACCCCACAUAUUAUCAACAUUAGCCCCAACAGGAAAAACCUAAGAUUCUCAGUGCAAAAAUGCUCAAAAAGUGAUAUGCACAAACAGCUGGAUUGGCUUGUUGAAUUGGUUAAAAAUGUCAUCGAUAAAUCAACAGAAAAGAUACCAAAAACCAUAAUAUUUUGCAAUUCACUUAAAGAUAUUGCAGUGGUUUUAAAUUAUCUUCUGCUUAAACUUGGUUUAUAUGCUUAUGGGAGGUCUAAGAAAAAUACUCCUGAGAACUUGGUAAUUGGCAUUUUUCAUUCAUUGUCAUGGCCGCAUUGUAAGGAACAAAUUCAACAAUCACUGAAACAAGAUGGAAUUCAGAGGAUCAUUGUUGCAAGCUCAGCUUUGAGUAUGGGUGUUGAUUUCCCCAACAUUAGAUAUGUGAUAAAUUGGGGUCCUGCUCGUUCUUUAAUUGAGCAGCAUCAGGAAGCUGGACGAGCUGGUAGAGAUGGUGCACAAUCCCACAUAGUAAUAUGCUACCAUGGAAAUCAGUUAAGCAAAUGUGAUGAAGAUGUCAAAAACUUUGUCAAAACAGAAGGCUGUUUUCGAGUUGCAGCAUACAAGCCAUUUGAUAAAACUAUUGCACCCUUAACUGUUCAUCACAAUUGUUGUUCAAAUUGUGCAAGAAACUGUUCCUGUCAACAUAAUGGGUGCAACAUCAAACUUCCUUUUGAAGAUGAAGUGAUUGGAUCAAAAGAUCAGGUGUCCAUGACCAGGGUAGUUACAGAAGAAGACCGAAAAGAUGUUGAAAAUGCAUUUCUUGAGGUAUUCAAAGAGCUAUCAUCAGGGUCAAACAGCUUUGGUUUAUGUCAUGGUUUUUCUGGUGAGCUGGUAAAUAGCAUAGUUGAAAAUUGUCAUAAGCUGUUCACCAUUGAUAACAUUAACACUUAUUUGCCAGUUUUUUCUCUCAGUCACACUUUAAAAAUUUUAGAAGUUUUGCAUGAAAUUUUUGAUGACAUUUCAGCAAUAGAUACUAUUUUAGAAAUGAUGCAAGAUGUUGACCCAUUUUUUCAGGCUGAGGAGUCAAUCCUUGAUAUGUCUGAACAGUACAACUAUGAUUUUGAUGAAUCAGACUCAAGUAAUAGUUUAGAUACUGAUGAAUGUUAA